AUGGGAUCAAUAGACUCGAAGAAAAAACACAACUUAGCUGUAGACGACACAGACGAGAUACCACCAACCAUUCUCCCGCUAAACAGAGAGGUUCGUGUUCAUUUGGUGCCCAAGUUUUACAAGUCAGAAGAGAAGGGAUUCGCAAGAACAUACUGUUUGUUUACCACGCUUCAGGAACAGGGAGAAAAGGAUUUAGGCGAAGGCGAUUCGACUGUAAAACGCCACCGGGAUUUUAAUGCGAGGGUUGAAUUUCACGAGCAAAGACUUGGAAGUUUUUCUUCUGGACACGGUUCAUCUUUCUUGGACCGCAGUGACUUCUUUUCGCCUCUGAGUCGUUUGCGAUCUCGUUCGCUGACCAUCCACUCCACCGAAGUCGCGGUGCAGAAAGUUUCAGUGAAGGAGAACGAUUCUAUUAGGAUUAUUGGAGUUUUCGAGAGGCAUUUGGAGAGUUUUGACAAGUUGACUGAUGGGGACACAUUUGAACUGAUACUUUGUCCUAGUUAUAAAAUAAGGAGCGAGUGUUUAGACUGGUCGUUGCUGGGAACAUUGUACACUAAACAAGCGAACUCAAAACAUGUGCGUCACUGGCGAGCGGCUGUUCGAGCAGAUUACACCUAA